AUGGCACUUCCUUCUAGGAUAAACCUAAAUUCUCAAUACUUAUUUUGUAUGGCUGCACUGUGUUUCCUGAGCUGUAUCUCACUAGAAUCUGGUGGACAUAUUCAGAAUAUUACAGAGCCUGCAUGCCCUGAGGUAUGUUCCUGCACUUUACAAGGUCUCGUAAAUUGCUCGUACCGGAAUCUUACCAGCAUUCCAGAUAAGAACAAACUGCCUGUAGAUUCUAGUGUGUACCUACUGCAAGACAAUAGCAUCAGUGUGCUAAGUAGCAAUAGCUUUAAUACAACUCCUAAUUUGACCUUUCUCGACUUCUACCAAAACAAACUGAUUUACAUCGAUGAUAAUGCUUUUGCUGGCCUUGGCCGCCUGCAGGUGUUGAAUAUUUCAUAUCAAUUCCUCGACCACCAUAUCAUUCCUAUUCAGAAAAUUAGCAGAAACUGGUUCAAGGGGCUUACUCAGCUUACAGUCGCCAAGUUGAUGGUCAUUGGUGCUGAGGUAAUCGAAGAUUACGCUUUUUCUGAUAAUCCAAAUAUAGAAGAGAUUAAUCUGAGUUCUAAUAAUCUGGUGGACAUUCCAGGUCACCUAUUUCAACAUCUUCCUAAGUUAAAGAUCAUCCAGGUAUGUUGCAACCGUCUCACAGAAAUUGAUGGUGAACCUUUCUUUGGAUCAAACCAUGUUGAAGAAAUACAACUAUACACUAAUAGCAUCAAUAAGCUCCAUGAAAAUGCUUUCAAAAACAUGAAAAAUAUAUCUCUUAUUAACUUAAAUGCCAACCAAUUAACCUCAGACAACAUCCCUUGCCAAACUUUCAGAGGAUUAAGACGCUUAACUAAACUCUACUUGUACAACAACAAAUUGAAAACCAUAAAAAAAGAAUGGUUUCAGGACUUGACAUCCUUGGAAGAAUUUCAUGCUGAUGACAACAGUGUCACAACCUUGGAUGAUAAUGUGUUUAAAAACUGCUUAAACCUGAAAGAAAUUGAUUUAAGCUACAACUUUAUUGUUGAAAUUCCCAGGAAAGUGUUCAGUGGACUACCGAAUUUGCUGAAUGUUAUUUGCUCUCACAACCGAAUCGACAACAUUGGUGAUGAUUCUUUCCAAGGUUCCAGUCACAUCAUCAAGCUCAAUUUUGACGCUGGAUCCAGUCUCCUGACGUCAGACCAUACGUGUACAAUUUGGAUGAAGUGA